CUAAAACUUAGCUAAACCCGAGGACUGCAAAAGGUAAAAUAGUUUUAUUUAAAAAAUAGAAUAAAAAAUAUAUAGAUAAUGGACUUAUUACUCUUAAAGUUGCUAUUUAUUAAUGUAUACGUAGUAACUUCUUUUGAACAUCGUUUUUUAACUAACUGGGAGAGGCUGACAAAUAAGGUGAAAGAAUUAGGUGGUGAUUCAGCUGAAGUAAACGCAGAAGAAAAAUGGAUAUAUCAACCGGUUGAUCACUUUGAUCCGAAUGUAAACAGAACGUGGCCAAUGAAGUACUUUGAAGAUCUGUCACUAUGGCAGAGCGGCGGACCAAUAUUUUUAAUGAUUGGCGGAGAAGGACCAGGCACGCCGUAUAGAUUUGGAUUGAUUUACGAAUUGGCCACCGAAACGAACGCCGCAGUGUUCUUUUCAGAACACAGAUACUAUGGAAAAAUCAUGCCGGACCCUACAAAUUUGAAAUAUUUAAGUUCAAUACAAGCGAUUUAUGACCUUGUUAAUUUAUUGAAAUUUAUCAAAUCCGAUCCAAGAUUUUACUCAUCAAGAGUCGUCGCCUUUGGUGGUUCCUAUUCUGGAAACCUGGCAGCCUGGAUCAGACUCCUGUUCCCUGAGGUAGUUGAUGCAGCUGUAUCGAGUAGUGCACCUGUGUUGGCAAAACAAGACUUUUUUGAGUAUCUAGAAGUUGUAGGCGAAGUUCUGUACAAGUAUGGAUCACCUCAGUGUUAUGAAACAUUGUCGACGAGGUUUGCUUCAUACAAAGAAUUGUUUAAGACGGCCGCAGGGAUUGAUCAAAUAAAGCAAAUGUUUAAUUUGUGUCCUCAAGUCGAUUUCACAAAAAAAGAAAAUAUAAUGUUUUUUUUUCUUCGAAUGACGGGUUUUAUAAUGGGAUUAGUUCAACAAUCACAGGAACGUGUUGCAAUUCAAAAUUUUUGCAACAGUUUAUCAAUGGCAGAAAUUCAUUCAAAUCAAUGUAUUAAUGUCGAUUUCAAUUAUUACAUUAAAUAUUUAUCAGUUACACAUAGUUAUAUGUGGAUAUACCAAACUUGUACUGAAUUUGGAUAUUUCCAAACAGGUAACUCUGGGAAACAACCUUUUGGAAAUGUUAUCUCUGUGGAUAUGUAUUUAGCUAUAUGCAAAGGAUUAUUUGGUCCUCAAUUUAGUGAACAAACAGUUGAUAUGGCUAUCGCCCAUACUAAUAAGAUGUAUGGUGGCUUAAGUCCUAAUUUGAGUAAAGUUAUGUUUGUUAAUGGAAACCGAGAUCCUUGGGCUGCGUUGGGUAUUAAGCAAAGUUUGUCUGCAGCUGCACCUGCAGUAGUUAUUGAUGAUGCAAGCCAUUGCUCGGAUUACUAUGUCCAACCACAUAACGCUGAUGCGAGAAUGAAGUGGGAUCUGAUAAAAAGCAUAGUGAAACCCUGGAUCAGCCAGUGAUACUAGCUAUGCGGACAUAAUAGACCGACUACGGAAAGACUACAGAACCGGGUGAAAGAUCUAAAUUAAAUAAAAAGCAAUUGAAAAACAA